GGCGCAUGCGCAGGGCCCGGGCCCGGGGCGGCGGAGCGGCGGCGCAGAGCCGGCCCAUCCCCGCUCCUCCGCCCGGCCCGGCCGGCCGGGGCGGCUCCGACUGCGCUGCCCGGCGCUGCCGCCGACGCGCGGGAGGCGAGGAGAUCAAGGCAUACAGUGGAGUCUCCUCAGGGAAGAUGUCGUCUUUGACAAUGAGAGCCCGUUGUGUGGACAAAAGAGGAAGUUUCUUUAAGCUCAUUGACACAAUUGCCUCAGAAAUCGGAGAACUGAAACAGGAGAUGGUACAGACAGAUCUCACAGUGGAAGAUGAAUCUGCUGAUUGGCAAAGUCUAAUAAAGGAUAUGGAUAAUGUCUCUCCUGAGAAAAAUGAUGUAAAAAGCUGCCCCCGGGACUCUGGAUAUGACAGCCUAUCCAACAAGCUAAGCAUAUUGGACAAGCUCCUCCAUACUCACCCUGUGUGGCUGCAGCUUGGUCUGAACGAUGCUGAAGCCAUGGAAAUUUUACAGACACAGCCUCCUGGGAUAUUUCUGGUCAGGAAAUCUGCAAGGCUGCAGAAGAAAGUCAUCUCUCUACGUCUGUCCAGUGACUGUGGGUCCUGCCUGAAAGAAUUUGCCAUAAAAGAAAGUACAUACACGUUUUCCUUGGAGGGGUCUGGAAUAAGUUUUGCUGAUUUGUUCAGACUCAUUGCUUUCUACUGUAUUAGCAGGGAUGUCCUUCCGUUCACACUAAAGUUGCCUCAUGCAAUUGCUUCAGCAAAGACAGAAGCUGAACUUGAAGGGAUUGCUCAGCUUGGACUGAACUUUUGGAGCUCCCUGGCUAACAGCAAACCCCCGGAUCCUUCACCUCCCUGUAGGCCUGUGCCUUUGGACAGUGCUCGCAAAGACUCGCGCCAGCUCUGCCUUAUAAAUGGAGUGCAUUCUAUACGAACCAGAACGCCUUCAGAGCUGGAGUGCAGCCAGACCAACGGAGCGCUGUGUUUCAUUAAUCCCCUCUUCUUAAAAGUGCACAGCCAGGAUGUCAGUGGAAGUCUGAAAAGGCAGAGCCCGAGAACUCCAGACGUGAAUGGCACAGCGAGGCCUCGCUCCCCCCCGCCCCGGCCGCCACCUCCUGCUAUUAAUAGCACCCUGAGGAGCUCACAGAUUUCCAGGACUAUAAAGCAGGCGAGCAUGCCAGAAACAGUCAGCCAUAAGAAGGAGAGGGGUUUGGAUUUGCUGCAGAACAAGCCCACCCCGAUUCCGCCUCCUCGGCUGAAGAAGCAGGCUGUGUGCUCCGAGGCAGACAGUGCCUCCAGGAGCGCGGCAGCGCUCCGGCCUGAUCCCGUGUGCGUGCCCGAGGCAGCCGUGCUUCCACGUGAAACCCUGCCCGAGCCGGCUCCAGCAGCUCCCAAAAAGCCGCCGGCUGCCAUCUCUGAGUCACACAUCCCGUGGAAUGGAGGCCGGCAGAGACUGAGCGACAUGAGCAUUUCCACCUCCUCGUCCGACUCUCUGGACUUCGAUCGGAGCAUGCCGCUCUUCGGCUAUGAGGGGGACACCAACAGCAGCCUGGAGGACUUUGAGGGGGAAAGUGACCAGGAGAGCAUGGCACCUCCUUUGAAGCCCAAAAAGAAAAGAAGCAGUUCGUUUGUUCUCCCCAAGAUUGUGAAAUCUCAGCUACGGAAAGUCAGUGGAGUUUUCAGUUCCUUCAUGACCCCUGAGAAGAGGAUGAUAAAGAAAAUUGCAGAGAUGUCCCGGGACAAACGCACCUAUUUUGGAUGCUUAGUACAGGACUAUGUCAGCUUUCUCCAAGAAAACAAGGAGUGCCAUGUUUCCAGCACUGAUAUGCUGCAAACAAUUCGUCAGUUCAUGACCCAAGUCAAGAACUACUUGUCCCAAAGCUCUGAACUUGAUCCCCCAAUCGAAUCACUGAUUCCUGAAGACCAAAUAGAUGUUGUGCUGGAGAAGGCCAUGCAUAAGUGCAUUCUGAAGCCGUUGAAGGGUCACAUUGAAGCGAUGUUGAAAGAGUUUCAUACCACAGAUGGUUCCUGGAAACAACUGAAGGAAAACCUGCAGCUGGUGCGGCAGAGGAAUCCUCAGGAACUGGGCGUGUUUGUCCCAACACCAGACUUUGUGGACGUUGAAAAGAUUAAAGUCAAGUUCAUGACUAUGCAGAAGAUGUAUUCACCUGAAAAGAAAGUCAUGCUGCUGCUGAGAGUUUGCAAAUUGAUUUACACUGUUAUGGAGAAUAACUCAGGGAGGCUGUAUGGAGCUGAUGACUUCUUGCCUGUGUUGACAUAUGUGCUAGCCCAGUGUGAUAUGCUGGAGCUGGAUACCGAAAUCGAAUACAUGAUGGAGCUGUUGGAUCCCUCCUUGCUGCAUGGAGAAGGAGGCUAUUACUUGACAAGUGCUUAUGGAGCACUUUCACUGAUCAAGAACUUCCAGGAAGAACAAGCUGCCCAGCUGCUCAGCUCAGAGGCCAGAGAUACCCUCCGGCAGUGGCACAAGAGGAGGACAACAAACAGGACAAUACCUUCAGUUGAUGAUUUUCAGAACUACCUUCGUGUUGCAUUCCAGGAAGUUACCAGCGGCUGUACGGGAAAGACUUUGCUAGUAAGGCCAUAUAUCACUACCGAAGAUGUGUGUCAGCUUUGUGCUGAGAAGUUUAAAGUGGCAAAUCCAGAAGAAUACAGGCUGUUUCUUUUUGUUGAUGACACCUGGCAACAACUGACAGAGGAUACCUACCCUCAGAAAAUCAAGGCGGAGUUGCACAGCCGUCCGCAGCCCCAGGUGUUUCACUUUGUCUACAAGCGCCUUAACAGUGACCCAUAUGGGGCAUUUCUUCAGAACAGCCACGACUCGGCUGCUUAAAACCAGCAACCUGUCAUUUUUAUAUCUGCUCCUUGGUAAUCGUUGCAAACAUCUUUGUUGGCUGCCUUCCUU